AUGGUGGGCGCGGGGCGCGGGGCCCGCGUCACGCCGAGCAGCGGGCAGGGCGCGCGGCGCCCUCCAUCCACGCCCGGCCGGGGCGCAGCGCGGCGGCGGCGGCGGCGGCGGCGGCGAGCGCGGGGACCGCCGGCCGAGGCAGGAAGGAGCGCUCGAGUUUCCGAGGGACAUUGGAACGCGGAGCUGUCCGUCACGCGCUCAUCUGCAUAUUCGGGCGCCCGCCCCUCCCCUGCUCCGCCCGCUCCAGCCGCCCGGCCGCGGCCGGGGGAGGGGCGGGACCGGCGGGGGAGGGGAAGGCGGAGGAGCGGGAGGCGGGCGGCCGGGCGGGGGGAGGAGGAGGAGGAGGAAGGGACGCGCAGGCUUUUGUGGCGCAGUCGCCUCUCGCGCAGCCCCGGCCCGCGGCCCCGCAGCCUGGCGGGGCCGAGCCGUGCGCACCCCCGCCCACUCGCGCGGACUCCGGGCCCCCGCCCCCGCCGCCCCGCUCCCCCACCUCCCGCGCCCGGCCCCGCAGCCCCCGCCGCGCGGGCCCCCUGCCCCUGCCCCGCCCCCAGCUCGGCCCGCGAGGACCGGGCGGAGGCCGCCCGCUGCCACUCGGGGGCACGAACGGCCCGCGCCCCCCUCUCCGCCCGGGUGACCGCGCGCAGGACCCUGGGGCCCGGGCCCGGAGCCGCGGGUGAUGGGGCGGGAGUGUGGCACCCGAGGCCCGGGUCCUCCUGGGGGUGGCGUGCGCGGCGCUCCCUUCCACCUUGCUGGGUCCAGCCUGCCCGCCGUGCGGCGCGAGGCUCCCCGCGUGGCCUCGCGUCUGCUCGCCUGCCCCGCGCCGCCCAGCCUGUCCCCGCGGGACCCGGAUCCGGGGCGCUUUCGUUGCGAACUGCCAGGAGGGCCCUGAGACCGCCUCUGGCACGACUUGAAGCCUCGCUGUCACUCGGGAACGGACGAAAAAGCGACAGGCUGGUGGCGCGGGCGGUGCAGUCGGCAACACAGGUGGCUCAGCCUCCAGCCCUGUUGGUCGGGCAGCUCGCGGAGUGGCCAGAGGCAUCGCGUUGGGGUCGCGAUCGUGAAGGCGCCGCGCGCGUCCUGCGACCGCUCUGCUGGGCGCGGCUGCAGCGCGGGGACCAGGAGGCUCCAGCCUCAGGCCUGAUCGCCUGCGGAACCUUCGAGGCGGUCGGGCUGCGUUUGUCUUUCCCCGGGUCCAAGGGAACCAGCUGUAAACUGCAGUGCUGGGCUGGAACAGAACCCACCCUGCUAGGCCUGCGGGUGCGUGCCUCCCGAUUUAAGUUGGCUGGGUCUUCUUUUUUAAGACGCAGUCGAAAGAACAGGCUGAACGUGUGGAGGCUCGACGCGGGGGCUCGGCGCGCGGCCGCCUGCGAGGGUGGCCUGGCGUCGCUGGAACUGCGUCCCGGGUCACCGCGGGGAGCGCUCGGCUGCGCCCCGGGCCCCGCGGCCGCCUCCCUCGGAGAGAGCAGGGACCUGGAUGCUUCGCUCUCGGACGAGGAGGGCGUCCAGGCCUGCGGAGCGUCUGGGUCCGGACGGGCACUUGACUUGUGUGGCUCUCAGUUGCCCUCCGAGCUGGAGUGAACUCGAAGGGCAGCCACGCAGGGCCGACCAGUGGACGGUGCCUUUGGAACAAGUCGGCGUGGACGUGCACAUUUCAAGGAGCCGUGGGUUCCUGGAGGCCAGGCUCCGGGAAACGGCGGAAAGGCGGGCUGGGCUGCGCGCCCUCCACCCGCGGCCGGUCCCCGGGC